CAGCGGAAAUAUCAGCAGUAUCAGCAAGAGGUUCAAGUGAUCAGGAAAUUUCUCGGUCAUAUGGAUCUUCCUAUAAUGCUGAAACAUCUCAUUUUAACGAAGUUGAUGAUCAUGGUCAAACAUCGGAGCGAGUAAAUGAUAUUAAAAAACAAACCGUAAGUAUUUUAUCACAUAAUCCAUUAGGCGUUGACGAGGCACUUGUGAGAAAUGAAAGUGAUGGUGAUACUUUAGGAGGUUCUCGAGAGCCCGCUUGA